AACAUGUCCGGGAAUUCAGCUGCGGAAUGCUGUACUACAGGACUCUGUACCUGGACAGCAAGAGAGACACUUUAUACGUUGGAGCCAUGGAUAAAGUCUUCAGGCUCAAUCUCAGUAAUAUCAGCCACACCAGCUGCGAGAGAGACGCUCUCAAUCUCGAGCCGAGCAACGUCGCCAACUGCGUGUCGAAAGGAAAGUCCGAGCAUUUCGAUUGCCGAAAUCACGUGAGGGUCAUUCAACCGAUGAACGAUGGUAAACGCCUCUACAUCUGCGGCACGAAUGCUCACUCACCGAAGGAUUGGGUGAUUUAUAGUAAUUUAACUCACCUCCCACGUCACGAAUUUGUCCCAGGCAUUGGGAUGGGCAUUGCCAAGUGUCCUUACGACCCUGCUGACAAUUCAACAGCAGUUUGGGUUGAGAAGGGUAAUCCUGGCGAUUUGCCCGCACUUUACUCCGGAACAAAUGCCGAAUUUACAAAGGCGGAUACUGUUAUAUUUCGGGCUGAUCUUUACAACAUGACGAUUGGCCGCAAGGCGUACAGCUUCAAGAGGACACUGAAAUAUGACUCGAAGUGGCUAGACAAGCCGAACUUUGUUGGAUCAUUUGACAUUGGACAGCACGUAUUCUUCUUCUUCCGAGAGACUGCCGUCGAGUACAUCAAUUGCGGAAAGAGCGUAUACUCGAGGGUGGCGAGAGUCUGUAAAAGAGACACUGGAGGAAAGAAUAUUCUUUCACAGAAUUGGGCGACUUAUCUGAAAGCUAGGUUGAAUUGCUCGAUACCUGGGGAGUUUCCCUUCUACUUCAAUGAGAUUCAGAGUAUCUACAAAGUACCAGGCGAUGAUACUCACUUCUACGGUACAUUCACGACCUCAACGAAUGGCCUCAUGGGCUCAGCCAUUUGUUCCUUCCACAUUGACGCCAUCCAAGAGGCAUUCCGUGGUAAAUUCAAGGAACAGGCGACAUCGAGCAGCGCAUGGUUACCAGUAUUGUCCAACAAAGUACCGGAGCCAAGACCAGGACAGUGUGUCAAUGAUACUGAAACACUACCCGACACUGUAUUAAAUUUUAUAAGGUCACAUCCACUUAUGGACUCGGCGAUAUCGCACGAGAAUGAGAAACCAGUGUUCUAUAAACGAGAUAUUAUGUUCACGAGGCUCGUGGUUGAUAAAUUGAGGAUUGAUUUCGUGGGAGUUGACCUGGAAUACACCGUCUAUUACGCUGGAUCUAGCGACGGUAGAGUCCACAAAGUCGUUCAAUGGCUCGACAACAAUGGCGACUCACAGUCAAUACUUCUUGAUGUAUUCGACGUGACCCCUGGUGAGCCAAUUCAAGCAAUGGAGAUAUCCAAGGAGCAUAAAGCACUUUACGUUGCCUCGGACCAUCGCAUAAAGCAAAUCGAUUUGGUUAUGUGCUCAAGGCGAUACGAUAACUGUCUACGAUGCGUGCACGAUCCUUACUGCGGAUGGGACAAGGACACCAAUAUGUGCAAGCCGUAUGCACCAGGACUCCUGCAGGACGUCUCAAACAGCACAGCUGACGUGUGCGACAGUAGCGUGGGUAAGCGAAAAUUGGUGGUAACAUGGGGCCAAUCGGUGCAUCUCGGUUGUUUCGUAAAAAUGCCAGAAGUACUAUCAAACCAAGAGGUAAGAUGGUAUCACUACAGCAAAGAGAAGGGCAGAUAUCAGAUAUCAUACAGAUACGGUGCUGGUGGUGAUAAAUUCAUUGAGACAUCUGAGAAGGGUCUAGUUAUUGUCGGUGUUAAUGAACAAGAUGCUGGUAGAUACGACUGUUGGCUUGGUGGUGCAUUACUUUGUUCAUACAACAUAACUGUUGAUGCACAUCGUUGCAGUGCACCAGCCAAAUCAAAUGACUAUCAGAAGAUAUAUUCAGACUGGUGUCAUGAAUUUGAGAAAUACAAGUCAGCUAUGAAGAGCUGGGAGAGAAAACAAGCACAAUGUGCAUCUAGACAAAAUGAUAGUAAUCAGAAUUUACAUACGAAUGAAGUUUAUGGCACACCAUUGGUGUGAUCAAGCAGGUCAUUGGAACCUUUAUCAAACAGAGAUUACGACACGAUUAUCCACAUAAGCGUAUUACCGAGAAACGGCGCUUCCUGCAAUGUUCAGUGGUGUUGUAUUACACUUUUAUCCAUUAUCAUCAAUAUUAUUGGGAAGUGUGAGCAUACAUCGUGUUAAUGAACUUUCAUGACUGAUAAAUUCAAUAACGUUUUUUGAAUACUACAGUGCCAUUUGGAAGGAGAGUGAAGGACACUCCUCUCGGGACUAGAAUACGCGAAAACAUUACACAUUACUCCAGCCGUCAUCGCAUGCAAACGCACAUCGAAUUUUGCACUGUUUUUACAUUUCUAGGGGUUUGAUUCGUCUUUGGGGGAUUCGUUGGGCUGUUUAUGGCGCAGUUUAUAUAAAUCAGGGCAGAUAUUCGACGGUGGAGUGUUUCUUGCGAUGGGUUUGAUGGACGAAACAGCAACUCUAUUCAGUUAUUUUGUAUGAAGGGUUGAUUUUUUUUAAGAAUCCUGCAUGCAAUUGAUGAAACAAUUGAGCGGAUUAGUUUCAGGUUUGAAUGGACUUCUUUUUUGGUGAUCAAAUCGAUUAUUUUCAAUAGUAGAUGAAAGAGUUGAGGGUUUCGUUCAUCAUAACUGGAGGACCAAGCAAUUUCUCCCGCAAAACGAGAAAUUUGCCUUUUCUGGGGUGGAUUGCCGUUUCCGCGUUUGCAACGCAAAUGUGUGAAAUACGCGUGAGAUGAAUAAUCACGAAAUAGAAAGAAAGAAAAAAGUAUUCUCUGUUUUCUCAAACCUGUGAUAUGGAUGGGUAGCCGAGGAUACCCAUGACGUUUUAUGAGUGCUCCUAUCGUGGGUAGAACUCAAAUUGAAAAGCAGGAAACAAUCAUGACUUAAGAAUGAAGAGUAAAGAAACGUGUUUUUCGUCUCGCAAUUCCGAGGUUUAAUGCGUGGUUGAACAUUAAGAGGAAUAAAAAUGCUAUAGGUAAACAAAAUUUAAAAGAAAUCAUUAAGAUUAGAGAGAUAGUAUUCGUAUGGUUUAGGGCGUUGCCAUUCUGUACGGAUUAGUGGGAUAAAUUUUUGCAAACGAGACAGAAUAAAUCGGGUGCGUUGAAUUAUUCCAGCGCCAUUAAAGUUACACAAUGAGAUUAAAUUAGAUUGACGGCUUAUCGUGGGAUACUCUUCACAUGCAUCACGCGCUAUGAUUUUAUAAUUUUAAUUGAUCCAUCGAUUUUCUGUACUUUGAUUAUCAUUAUUCGGGCUUUUGAUUAAUCUCCAGUAUUUUGGUCACUCGGUAAUAGAAAAUGAAUGGAAAUUCGGAAACUGGUUUUGGCAUUUUUAGGGGAUACUUUGAAUGUGGAAUUAAACAUUCGUUUUUAACAAUUUGUUGGCCUGAAUAGGCGCAGCUGUGCCGAUACUGCAGUAUAAUCCAGGCGACCGCGUGUGGGUAAUCCAAAAUCCCGUUUACAAUGGUGCUUACAAUUACCAGUAAAAAAAACACAUUCACAUGCAAUAUCGGGUAUGAGGCAGUUCAUACACGCUUUCGCGGGUGAAAACCAAUUACACACGUCCGGCAGUGCUGAGAAUUUCUGGUUGAAUUUAUUGAUAAAGGAUUCUCAAUAGCUGUCGAGGCUUCCCGAGUCUGAAAGAUUACUGGAAAGUGGAACAAAAAUCCUCAUCAAGUAUUAAAUAUUUUCUUUGGGUUAUUUAGAAAAUUCUAUGCGUUUCUGUCAUUUCUUGAGUCAUCGGUGAAUGUCAUGAGCAGAAUCGAAUAUAAAUGAUCUCGAUGAAUUAAAUUUUACAUUCUUAUUUGAUAUCCAUAGUCAAGUUUUAUUUUUUCGAGGGAACUCAUGGCGUUUUACUUCAAUGUCACUUAGAAUUCGAGUCAUUAAAUUCUGAAUUCUUGAAAGUUAUCAGAAAUUUGGAUAAAAAAUUAAUUAGCACAAUUGAAUAUCACCAGCUUCAAUGAAUGAAAAUUCCCAUUCUCCUACAAAAUUCCGCGUCAGUUGACAUUAGUCCCAGCGGAAUGGCCAAAAUUUAGCGCAAACAUUCGAUGCCUCUGGAAAAUUCGGCCUUAUUUCAUCACAAUUUCCAACAGAAAUUGAAAAAAUUUGCGCAUUCCUUGAAUUUACAGAAACCUUCACCCAAAACUUUAGUCAGAAAUUCUCGCCAAUGCAUACAUUCCCCCCGCCCGUACAAUUAUUCAUUCUCCCUUUUCAUAACCCCCCUAAACCCUCCUUCAAUCGCUCAUUCUCACAAACCAAUCACACACGCUCAUUCUCUUCGUGAGUUCACACGUCCUCGCGAAUCAUUUAUACCGUAUGUACAUAAAUUUUAAAGAUGAAAAACAUAGUAUGUAAACUCAUUGAGUAGGAGGAAAACUAGUAUUAAGAUAGAACGAUAUCGAGUAACUGCUAAUUUUCACAAAAAUCAUUAGAAUUUUCCUUUAAUUUUGUAACUCAAUCGAAACUGAUUUUUCUGAAAAUUAGUCUAAUGUAUCUGCAGUGAGGUACAAAGCCGGAAAUUUCAUUUCUUCUCACAAUUUUGUUUUUAUUAUCAUUUUCAGUAUAGAAAUACACAUAAGGGUAAACGUGAUAGUCACAUCUUGCCGUCGUUUUGUAAAUAAAUCCGUGAUUAAUCGUCACAAUUUUUCAUGCAUUAUCCCUUCAUUUCGCGAGAAUGAAAUUGUUCAAUGUUUUCGGCUGUCGACGCUAGUGAGAUACUAUCAUUUUCUUUCACAAAAGCGGGAUUUUGGGGUUGAAUAAAGGGUAAUCUCGUGUAUAAAUAUGAAAUAGAAUGGGUAAUUUUUAAGCUAUGUACAAAAAAAUUCAAGUAAAGAGAUCCUACGGCAGAUAGGGUGAAAAAUAAACUCGAAGCACGUGAGAGUCCGCGUAUCGCUGAAAGAAAGGGACAAAAUUGAAUAAUUAAAUUUUAAAAACCGUCGACCCAAACGAAACGACGAUUUAUUUUUUGAAUGCCGGUCGACGUUGUGGAGAAUAAAUCUAACGACAUGAUUAAUUUUGAACGAAUAAAUGAAGUAGAGAGAGAGAGAGAGAGAAAGAAAGAGAGAGUGAGAGAGAGAGAAAACCAACUAGCGAAACCCAUAGCCAAUAAUCAUAACACAAUAAUUGAUUACGAGAUUAAAAAAUGAAAAAAAAAUGAAAGAAAGAAAUGAAAGACGAACACAUCUUAUCCUCGAGCAAACUGUACUUGCUAUAUGAGCUUCGACAAGUAUUGGAUAGUAUUACAUAUUAAGAAAGAAUUAAGGUAAAAUGUACUUGAGUGAAUGAGACGCUAUUGUGCGUCGAAUAUCGAUGAUGUCGAGUAUAGAAAAAUCAUUCAUCAUUCCUCAUUUUGUAUAAAAUAAAUGAAUCGUGGACUCAUUCUCAUUUGACGCACUGAAUUCAUAUGUUUCAUUCACUCGUUAAUAUUCAACCGCCCACCAAUCACAACAUGAAUGAAAUAAUAGAGUAAUGAGAUGAAUGACGUAAAAAUAAUAAUGAAAUAGAAAACAAUUGUAAAAAUAUCUUGUGUAAAAGAAUGAGACUAAAUGAAUGAAUUAACAGAAGGAACAUAAUGAAGUUUAAAAAUUGCAGAAAAUAGUAAGGGUUAUGGGUAUUUUCAUCGAUUGUCUGUCGAAUCGAAAUGCAUUUUGGAUAUUUCGCGCGAGUGUCCCAUGAAUAUCAUCGAUACAUCGAACGGUCUAUUGUCAGUGUAAACUUCCAUUUGCCGAUGCUGAGUGAAAUUACUGAUUGGAUUUCGAUUCGAGUACACUCGAGCAAAAGUUUUCAGAUGUGAUUAAGAAGAAAAAACAAUCUAGGACGAAACCCUAAUGUUGUUAGAUCAUAUUAAUUUUUAAGAUUAUCAAGUACUGUAUAUGUUACAUUCUCGUGUACGAUUGACGCGUCGAAAUACUCGUUGGGAAUGUACUUUUUGAACAAUUUAAUGUGAACAAUUUUUUUUUCAUUGAUUCUUUCUGAAUUUUAAUGAGAGUGCAAGGAAAUAGAAAAAUGUGUGACGACUGCCAAAUCGUUUUUUAUAUCUGGGAUUUCGAUGCGUCAAUCGGUGGGCAGAUUAAGACUAGCUCGGUUUAUGCGUUUUUUUUUCCCAACGCAGUAUGAUCAACUUCGGUAUAAUGGUGAUUAUUCUCGUAAUGCUGAAUAGAAGAUAAAUUUUUAAACUAUACGAUUACAUUUGCGUUCGUAAUGGUGGCAUUUUAAGUAUUUUUUAUUUUCGUAUUGAUUUUUUUUGGAGACAGGUGAUGGAAGGGUGAGUGAACUCGCUCGUUUUGAUGUCAUAUAUCCUGUCAAUUUCUGCUGAAGCCAUUGUCGCAGUUGAAAAACUCGUUUGUAAGACAUUUUUUUAUGUAAGUUUAAUUUUAUAUCGUGCAGUUUUAUAAUUUAAUUUCUUAUACCCUCGACUGAUACUGUAGGUUUUUCGUUAGUAUAGUUCUUCUUUUGCCUCACGUCCUGCGUUCAUUGUUCUUUUCAUUCGAGAGAAAUGGAAAAAAAUGGGGACAUUUCAUGUGUCAUACACUCAAUGACAGCAUCCGGGCUCGUAAUGAAUUUAUCGUCUCAUUUCCCUGGACUUUUCAUUGCAAUUUCAACCCGAUGGCAUUUCCUUUUUACUCGUAAAAUGGAAACCAAUUGAAGUUGUGAAGAAUGUGGAAAUGGGGAAUUGGAGGAAUUAAUCACAUGAAUGCAUUGUUUUUCCUCCUUUGAGUACAGGAGAUACUAAUAUCAUACUGACGUAAUUUUCCUGUCGCAUAGGAAUAUUAUCACGCCAGUUGCUGAAUGAAACUCGAUUUCCGAUCGCAAUAUAAUUAUUCUUGUUUCUUAUCGGGAGACAACUCGAUUAAUGCACUGUGAAUGCAAACCAAUAAAUAUCGACUCCCCAUUUUUUUCCAUCUCUCAGAUAAACCGUAAAGUAAAAACAAAAACCUCUAGAUAUUCACCUGAUGGAAACCUAAAACAUCCAAUCGCUAUUUUUAUCAAAACGAAAAAAAAUAUGUUAAAAAAAAUCUUUAACAGUUAUCCAUUGUUCACUAUUGCUAUAAUAAAGAUUUGCUUUAAUAAAUGA